UGUCCUCCAAAUGUGCAGGACGCGGCGCUUCCUGGUCCGGAUCGGACCGAUGAGAGAACCGCUUGUGAGAGCCCACAGUACGACACUUUCUUUUCGAAAGUCCCGCUGAAAUUACUGGGCGUAGCAGUUAUCAGUCUAUAGGUGGUACAUUUGAUAAGAAGAAACACUGUAUCCAGUUUAAGGCAUGCCAACUAAAAAGUCGUUUGAGGAUGGAGCCUCGUUCUCAUCCAAGGUCAUCAACAUUGUGUUUUUCAUCCUCCUGCUGGACCUUCUGGGAUUUACAUUAAUUUUACCUCUCCUGCCAUCAAUUUUGGACCACUAUGCUCAAACAGAGGAUGUGGCGUAUCAAUCCCUGCAGAGCAUUAUAGACUGGUUCAGGGAGGUCGUUGGAAUUCCUAUGGAAAAGAAGUACAACAGCGUGCUGUUUGGAGGUUUGAUUGGUUCACUCUUUUCUCUACUUCAGUUCCUGUCAUCACCCAUAACUGGGGCUUUGUCAGACUUUCAUGGUAGAAAACCCCUACUUCUCCUUACCACAUUAGGGCUGAUGUGCUCCUAUGCGGUCUGGGUCGUUUCCCGGAGCUUCAGCAUGUUCCUUUUGUUCCGAGUAAUUGGGGGCAUUUGUAAGGGCAACGUCAGCCUCUGCACUGCCAUUGUGGCCGACUUGCCUUGCCCAAAAGCACGGAAUCGUGGCAUGGCUAUGAUCGGUGUUGCGUUCUCAUUGGGCUUCACCGUGGGACCUCUGAUGGGUGCUUACUUUGCUCUCAGUGCUAGAACAGGCAAUGUGUUCUACCACAGUCCAGCCCUGCUGGCUUUGACCUUCAGUACUGCAGAUCUGAUCUUCAUUUGGCUCAUGCUGCCAGAGACUCUGAAAAAUAACAAGGCUUCAUCCUCAGGAUUUAGGGACACCUGGAACCUCUUGAAUCCAUUGGCUUUAUUCCGUUUUUCAGCUGUAGCCACAGGAGAAGUUCCACCAUCAAAAGAGCGAAUGCAGAAGCUUCAAAUGUUGGGCCUGGUUUAUUUCUCAUACCUCUUCCUCUUCUCUGGUCUGGAGUUCACUCUUAGUUUUCUGACUCACCAGCGCUUUCAUUUCACAAGUAUGGAGCAGGGAAAGAUGUUCUUCUUUAUUGGUGUCAUUAUGGCUUUGAUCCAGGGGGGAUAUACUCGCAGAAUCAAACCUGGACAACAUAUUAAGGCUGUUCAUUUGGCAAUCAUCACACUGAUCCCAGCAUUUAUUCUCAUUGGUCUGUCAUUGGAUGUAAAAAUGCUUUACAUUGGCUUGGCAUUAUAUUCCUUUGCGGCUGCGAUCGUAGUUCCAUGUCUGUCUACGCUUGUUUCUGACUAUGGCUCAGCCAGUCAGAAAGGCACAGUGAUGGGGAUUUUGCGUAGUUUGGGAGCCUUAGCUCGUGCCCUGGGUCCAGUUGUGUCAUCCUCCGUUUACUGGAUAGCUGGAGCAGAGACAUGCUUCACCGUUACAGCAGCCGCUUUCAUCAUACCUCUAUGUCUGCUGAGCACUGCCAGGAGGCUGAAGCAUGAAUGAAAGGCACAAAGACUUGGAACUGCUCAACCAAGGUUUCCUCCAGCAGAGUCUCUAAUUUCAGACAGAUUCUGGUGUUUUAUUCUUUAUUGACUGUUUACAUCUGCUUGUAAACAAAGUUUUAUAUUACCAGAGUCACUUGCAAUUUCUGCAGUGUUCUCCGUAAAUGACCGUGAACCAAAAUGCUGCAACAAGUGAAAAAGUUUGGAGGAGGGGUUUUUUUUUGUGGUGGUGGGGGGGGUGAUCUAUUGUACUAUUGCACGUGUUGAUUUUUCAUGACGUCGUAGGUUGUCAUGCAUAAUGAGUGCAGGAGUAGUGUGGUUACGGCCAUCAAAAGAGAAUGUGAUAGAGUGAUAUGUCGAAAUGUUUGGAA